GAUCGCAAAACUUAUUACUUCCACAUCUUUUCUUUGGCAAACCUGAAAUCAUAGCCGUAGUUUUUCCUCUUAUAAUAUAGCACGUAUGAAUAAUUCUAACCGCUGGUCGACGACCAGUGGAAGGUUCAUGCGACGAACGAUGACCUCUUUAGAAUCCUUUAGUUAGAGAAUUACUCGAUGUACAAGCGGUGAGAUUUCUGCUUUGCAUCAAGCUAGUAAGAAUGCGGUAACUUUUGUCCGGCUGCUAUUAAAGGCCGCACUAAGAGAGUUCAUCGUCUGUCGUGCGGCUGAGAAGUCAUCUUAUUAAUCAGGAAUUAACGUGAAAAUGGAGUUCGCCACCACCAUCAGUCCACAGAUUAAAUUUGGACUGCAGGCAAUCGGGAUUUGGCCAGGGUCUUCAUACAGCCUCUUGUACCGGGCUUUUUGGACGAUUACUUUAGGCGUCACUCAAACAUUUCAAUUCAAAUACAUCAUUAGUUGCAUCAAAAAUAAUAAUUUCCCCGAUCUGGUGGACAGCGUGAGCACCACGCUACCUUACAGCUUAUUGUGUCUGAAGCUAAUUAUCCUCUGGCUGAAUCAGCGACUGUUUAACGAUAUUUUAACAUCGAUAUCGCGCGAUUGGCACAACUGUGACAGCGUCGCAUUCAAUAUGCAUACCAUGACAAAUAAAGCUAAUCUUUCGCGACGUUACUCGAUGUUAAUAAUCGGCGUAUAUUGGAUGGCCGUUGUAGUUUACGUCUCCGUCAUAAUGGAAUUUAAUUAUACCAAUGAGUCCAAUAAAGCGGAGGAUCAUCUCUUUCUUAAGAUGGAAUUCCCCUUUACUUAUGACGUUUCUCCGAUUCGUGAAAUCGUUAUGGUUUCUCAGUUUGUUCAAUUGUUAAGUAACGCCUCGGUAAUUGGGAUGCUAGACGCAUUGAUUGUAACAUUAAUACUACACAUAAGCGGCCAGAUAGAUAUCGUGUGUCGAGAAUUGUUCAAACUUUUUUCAGAAAAAUAUGGAUGUAAAUUAUAUAAGGCGGCAACAAGAGAGGUCAUUCGCAGACAUCAGGACGUUAUUGCACUCUCAGACAAUAUCGAGAAUCUCUUUUCUUAUAUUGCAUUAAUGCAAUUUUUUACGAAUACGCUUGUUAUAUGUUGUAUAGCAUUUGUGAUUGUGACAUCAAUCGAAGGUAAUCAAAACUACGCCAUGUUAUUGAAAUCUUUAUUCUUUUACAUUGCCAUCACUCUGGAAGCAUUUAUUUUCUGCUUUGCUGGAGAAUAUCUCAGUAACAAGAGUAAAUCAGUCGCAAACGCGGCUUAUGAAGUUUUUUGGUACAAUGUCAAACCCAGCGAAAGUCGAAUGUUAUUAAUUUUGAUAUUGAGAUCGCAGAAACGAUUGACUUUAACAAUCGGAAAAUUUAAUGAUCUGUCUUUACAAGUUUUUGCAAGCCUUAUCCUCCAGCGAAGGUUCAGCGACUGUGCGAAGUCUCGACAAGAACUUCCCGUCCGGUUCGUCCGGUUCGUCGACGGAGCGAAAACGGAAUUUUGCGCGAUGAUACCAACCACCACCGUCAGUCGACCAGUUGAAAUUGGCCUUCGUCUUACCGGGAUAUGGCCGAAUUCCUCGAUGUUGUUCAGACUGCUUUGGACGAUGGUAAUGGGAACGGGACUAAUCUUCCAGUGUCUAUACCUUCUGACGCACUUCAGCAUCGCGGAGCUGCCGAAUCUAAUAGACGGCUUAAGUACCACCUUGCCGUACAGCCUUCUCUUCUUCAAAUUGAUUACCCUAUGGGUGAAAAAUCAAAUAUUCAAGGAUAUCCUAACGGCGAUGUCCAAGGACUGGGCCGAGUACUCCAACAUGUAUACCAUGGUUGACAAAGCGGUCCUGUCGCAUCGUUGCUCGAAAUUGAUCAUCGGCAUUUACGCGACAGCGGUUUUGCUUUACAGCACCGCGACCAUUGACUUUCGCAAGCAGACAAUUGAUAAUGAAUGCCGACAGCAACUUAUAAAGAUGGAAUUACCUUUCAUUUUCUGUGAUUCGCCGAUUUAUGAGAUCAUGGUGUUUGUGCAAUUCAUUCAUCUAAUGGCGGUAGCCUCCACCAUAGGAAUGCUCGAUGCAUUAAUCGUUACCUUGAUGCUGCACAUUGGUGGACAAAUAGAUAUCAUCCAAGAACAAUUAGAGAAAAUCUGUUCUGAAGAUAGCAAACCUCAUUUAUCGAAAGAUAUUGUGAAGUCCUUGAUUACUAAGCACCAUAAAAUUAUUGCUUUCUCAGAUAAAAUUGAGUCUCUUUUUACUCAAAUCGCUCUGAUGCAAUUUUUGUCGAAUACGAUGAUUAUAUGUUGCAUCGGGUUUCUCAUAGUAACCUCAUUAGGUACAGAUACAGGUAUCAGAAUGAUGAUCAAAACUACCUUUUUCUACAUCGCUAUCACAAUGGAAUCAUUCAUAUUUUGCUUCUCUGGUGAAUAUCUUAGCAGUAAAAGUAAAAUGAUUGGUGAUGCGGCAUACGAAUCACUCUGGUACGUUCUCAAACCUGAGGACUGUCGCAUUUUGCUGUUUGUAAUAAUGAGAUCGCAAAGACGGCUGACGAUUACUGCGGGACAAUUUAUGGAUUUAUCGCUGGAAGGAUUUGCAAACGUAAGAUUUUAUAUAUUCGAUUCUACGCAAACGAUCAUACAGUUAUGGUUAUUGCUAAAUGUGUACCGAGUUCAACUUCGUUCUCCUACGAGAUUUCUAUUCGUUUCCAUCUCUGGUACGAAACGUUUAUCUAUAUGCUCGCAUGGAAAGAGUAAACUACCGUACCGUAGUAUAUUUUACGACACCCUAGCUGCGAUGGCUACGGAUUGGAAGGAUGCAUCAGCGAUCCAUGCGUAUCAUGGUGAGGAAGCAUUCAAUUUCAUUCGCCAUUUCUAUGAAACGCGAGUAAUUGCGAUUGAUCGGCGGGUUAUUGUCAUAAAUGUCACAUCUUAUUCCUCUCUACUAUCUUCUACUUUUUUGUUACAUUUGAUGUUAUUAUGCUGAUGAUAUUUGCAUAAUUCGUCUGCGCAAACAGUAGUCGCUCCGAUGUCGAGUACGUUAAAAUUGGAUAGAAAUUCUAUAGGGCGUAUGAGCACUAUCAGCGAAUCGGUUGAAGUGGGUCUACGUUUUAUUGGAAUGUGGCCAAAUUGUACGUACGCGAACAUUAACUGGUGGACGUACAUCUUGUCGGUGGCAAUAGUGCAGUAUUUCCAAUACUCCUACAUCCUGCAGCAUUUCGAUAUCAGUGAUCUCUCGGUUACCAUAGAUGGUCUAAGUAUCACGUUGGGCUAUAGUCUGUCCUUGCUUAAACUGAUCAAUCUCUGGUUCAAUCGUCGAAAAUUGUACGUUAUUUUGGAUGCGAUGGAUAAAGAUUGGACUGAUGGGAUUGCAGUGGACUCGGACAUAUCCAUGAUGAUUAGACACGCCAAUUUGUCGCGUCAAUUAUCGAAUGCGAUGAUCAUGACAAACGCGUUAGCUGUGUUCUUCUACACGAUCGGUGGGCCGAUACUCCGAUCGAUGAUCUACAAGAAUGAAGAGACAAAACGCGAGUUACCAAUCAAAAUGGAAUUUCCUUUUAACGUUGACAACUCUCCAGUGUUUGAGUUAGUGUUGGUAGCCCAAUUAUUUCAUGAUCUAUCGGUAGCUUGCAUCAUCGCUAUGCUAAACUCUUUACUCGUCACGCUGGUACUACACGUAAGUGGUCAGAUUGAUAUUAUGCUGCAAGGUUUCCUAGAGAUCUCUGCCAAGAAGCAUGCAAGAUCUUCCCUGGCUACUAUCAAAAUUUUGAUCAAUAGGCAUCAAAGAAUAAUCGAUUUGGCAGAAAACAUCGAAGAUCUCUUUUCAAACGUGGCGUUGCUUCAGUUCAUCUGGAAUACUUUAGUCAUCUGUUGUAUAGGUUUCUUACUCGUAAUAUCUAUCGGUACGGAAGAAGGGGCCACGGUGAUAACGAAGUCUCUCAUCUUUUAUGUCGCGAUAGCUCUCGAGGCAUUCGUCUUUUGCUACGCCGGGGAAUAUCUCAGCGCUAAGAGUAAGUCCAUCAGCGAUGCUGCGUACGAAUGCUUCUGGUACGAUCUGACGCCCAGCGAGAGUCGAAUCUUAAUGUUCCUGAUGUUGAGAGCGCAGAAACGAUUGACCAUCACCGCGGGAAAAAUAACCGAUCUGUCUUUGGAAGGUUUCACGACCAUUAUGAAAUCGUCCGCGUCGUACAUAUCCGUGUUGUGUGCGUUUUAUUAAAGGAGGCGCGCUUGAGGAAAGGUGAGUCCUAAAACAGAAGAUUAUUAAUUAAAUUUACUGCAAUAAUGUGUGCAAAAAUGGAUAUUCUAUAAAAACAAAAACGUACUCCAGUUCCUACACUAUAGCAGGGAUAGCUUUAGACUACCAACUAUUUAAUUCCGUUGAACGGAAUGUAAAAAUAUUACUUAUACAUAUAUUAGUAUAAAAUUAUAUAUUUCUGUAUGUUUAUAUUAAAAUUUGUUAGACACAGACACACACAAGGUAACGCCUAUAAUUUUAUCAUGCAAUCGGUGAUCGAAUUCUUGGAUAACAUUUAACAUUUUAUCUAUGUAUAAAAUAAUAUUUCUAUAUAUAAAAUGUUAGCUCGU